UAUAAAUACUAGUCGGAAGUUUGUCAGGCGCAGUGUUUGUGUGUCUGUUUGAGAGUGUGUUUAAUUAAGUACGUGUGAGGAGGGGACGUGUGGGUGUGAACGUAUUUAUGAGAAACUAUUUUCUUUUAAAUAAUAUUUAAGGAAGCUUUUGUAGAAACUGUGCUGGAAAACAAACACUGCCAACAUGGUUGCCACAAGCACAUUAAAGACCAAAAGCAGCGAAUGUAUUUCGGAACUGGUUGACCGAAGAUAUGACCAAGCUUGCAUUGAGAAAGAACUGGAUUUUUGGGACCAUUGCUUAGCUGAGCCUCAGAGGAUUGUGGAUGUGGCUGAGGACAGAACCUGUCAACAGCUGGCCAAGAUGUUUGAGAACUGCCUGUCACGAGCCAAGAAAACAACACUGCACUGCUCCUCUGUGCUGGUACCAGAGAAGCUGACAAGGAGGAUAGCCCGCGAAGUCUUGAGGCUGUCCUCCUGUGAGCCCUGCGGCCUGCGGGGCUGUGUCCUUUAUGUCCACCUGGAGCUGGACAAGGGCUGCAAGCGGCUGGAGCGCAUCAUCUACGAUGCCACUGUGGUGCCCACGUUUGAGUUGACUCUUGUGUUCAAGCAGGACAGCAGUGCGUGGCCCAGCCUAAGGGACUUUCUCCUCAUGGGAACCUGCUUCGCCCCAACAUUUAGACACGUACUUAAAUUGAGUCCAGGUUUCCGACUCGUCAAAAAGAAGCUCUACUCCUCCUCGGCUGGUACCGUGGUAGAGGAGUGCUGAACUAUGGGAGGGAUUAGAAUGAUUUCCUGUGGGUAAAAGCACUUCUGCCCAUAUGUAAAUGAUGCUGCCAGUGGUGUCAUGUUUUCUACAUUUUUUUUUCCCUUUUGUACAUGCAGUUCAGCUAUUUGUAGCCAGUUAGUUCCAAACUCGGGGGUUAAAAGUAAAAAGCUUGCGCGUUAGUGAGUGCGGUCGGUCAUUUUGUAGCUUCAGUGUUAGUUGAAUUUUUUUUUUUUUUUUUAAAGAAUGAAGUACAAAAAUUUGCACAAUUUUAAAAUGUACAUUUUUGCAGAUGAAUAUAAAGCGAUGGUCACAUCAUGUUGUGAGGGGACAUAACUUAGGGGACACUCUUGUUUAAACACUAGACACUUUGUUGACUUAACGUGAGGUGGUUUACAGGUACAUUGAAUGUGUGGUGCAGCUGUAAACACACUCAGGCUAGGAGUCGUAUGUGUAGGGGAGUGAAAGGGAGGACGUAGCUAGUGGUUUAAUACUGUAUUUUGUGCCACAGAUGUUUUUUAAGACGAUGUCUUGUGAUGCUGCUCUUGUCCUGGUGUUGACUUUGUGUCACACUGAGGAAAUCUGAAUGCCUUAAAUGCCAUUUCCUUUUUUCCCUUCCCCACUACAACUAUUCAUAUGUAUGUUCUGUAUAAAUAUCUCUUUUUAUUAUUAUUUUAUACCUCUGAGAUGGAGGUUUUUCAAUGCAAAAACUUUACAGAUUAUUAAAAGGAUGGCUCAUAGAAUGUUUGGUUUUUAUGUAAUUAAAUGAGGAUGUGCAAAGAAA